AGUGCUGUUGUGAACGUGUGUGAGGGAGGGUGCGCAUCAGCCGCUCCUCUACCUCCAUGUAUGCUUCUAGCUAAUUUACCUCCCUAAAUCACCCUAGAAACUAGACCUCCACACCUGACCUGCAACAAUGCCUCCAGCAGGACCCGACACGUCGUACCGGAAGCCGCCGAGGGACCGUGGCUGCUGUAGCAUCAACUUCCUCAAAUACGUCCUUUUUAUCUUCAACUUCAUUUUCCUGCUUGGAGGGUGUGCCGUACUGGGGGUAGCCAUCUGGACGAUAGCAGAGAAGCACCAGUAUGUAUGUCUGCUCACCACCACCACCUACGCUGCCACUGCUUACCUUCUGCUGCUAGCUGGUAUUAUUGUGAUAUGUGCAGCUCUCCUCGCCUGCUGUGCCAUCCUGAAGGAGGACCGCUGUUGCUUGCUUGUGUACACGUUCCUCCUGUUGCUGGUGUUCCUGGUGGAAGCAGUGGCUGGAGUCCUAGCCUAUGUUUACGAGGAACAGAUCAUGGCCGAGCUCUCACAUUCACUCACUGCAACCUUCAACAACAACUACAUGAUUGAUCAAGAAGUCACUCAGGCCAUAGAUCAGAUGCAGAUUGAGUACCACUGCUGUGGAGCCUUGACCUUCAGCCAGUGGCAGCAGAGUCAGUGGUUGCUGGAUAACCCUAAUAUUAAUAACAGUGUGCCAGAUUCCUGCUGCAAGACACCUUCUUCCUACUGUGGUGUUAGGGAUCAUCCCUCCAACAUCUGGUAUAAUGGUUGUAUUCAUCAAUUUGAAGACGAGUUGAGCCGGCAUCUGCUUAUACUUGGAGCUGUUGGCUGUGGCAUUUGCCUCAUUCAGGUCUUUGGGAUGAUCCUCUCCUGCUGCCUUUAUAUAAAACUAAAAGAUGUUGAUGAUAGCUACUAUUAGUGGAUGGCAGUAUUCAAUGUUGCAAAUGAUGUAAUUGAGAUAAUGUUGCAUUUAUAUAUAAAAAUUAUUAAAAUACUUGUGAUAUGAAAAUGGGCAUUAAUAUAAAUUAAAUCCAUGCAAAAAUUCAUUUGUUUAUUGAAUGCAGACCUGACAUGGUCUACCAUGUGCUUUACAUCUUCGCCACAGAAUUAGGACUUACCAAGUCCUAGCUUCUGAUAAGCCCCAGCAGGGCUGGCACUGAGGGAAAAGAGGAGGACUGAAGCCCCACAAAAUUCCAUUCACUUCCCCCCAAAGCCCUUAAUUAAGUAAAAAUAAAAAAAAUAAUGCUGCUUCAGGCCAUAUCCCCCUAGCUCCCCCUCCCUCUUACAUUCAGAUUGCUACUCCUAUAUAAAUAUUCUGGAGCCUUUUGUGACUCCUCCUCCUUAAUUACUUUUUAUAGUCAUACCACUCAUGAUUUUCAUAUUGUAGAACGAUGGUCUGUGCAUGUAAAGUCAUUUAGUCAGCAAAGGAAGCAUGCUAGCAUAUAUAUAUCUUGACACUGCAUGCUUCUUCAACAGUUAAACUGUUUGGAAGGAAGGGCAGAAACCUAUGCUGACAAAUACAAUGUAAAAUGCCUGACCCAGCUGCUGUGUUGCUGGUGUCAAGGUCAACAAUAGUGAGGUAGUGGCAGAGCAUUGGGCACCUAUUUGCUCAGGUCUACAAGGGCAAGCACUUGCCUGAAGUUUUUUACUCUUAAGUCUGCUGUUUUUUUUUUUUUAACUAAGACAGGCAAGAUGGAGAGUUUUUUUGCUGGAGCAGAUAUGGGUGAUGGUGUAAUA